CUGAAAUCAUCAAUAUACCUUAAAUAAUAUACUUUUUUUCACUCGGUAAUAAAAAAAAACUGUCAAGACAUCUGCGUAUACGAAUAAUAUAAGAAAAAUAGGUUUUUUCCAAGGUCCUGUAUUGUCCUAUAUUCAUCAAAGAAUUAAAUAAAAAUACAAAAAUGUCUCAAUAUUCUCAUAUGCAAGAUAACGCUGGAUCUUUGUAUGCACAAUAUCCUACUCCAGACAAUACUCUAUCAAGUAGCUCUCCAUCACAACCAAGGACCCCAGGUACUCUUCAAAGUUCGCAAUCAAAUACUACUCAACUACUGGACUCUUUUCUAUCCGACGUUCCUCAAGGGGCAUAUUCUGAGUGCUCUACGCUAGAUAAUUCAUCAGCGAUCCCAACAAUAAUACAAGACUCAAGCGAUUUAGCUCCACAUACACCUGAGAGCAUUCUUUAUUCAUCUGCACUAGAUGUCUCUUUGGGAGAUGAACGUACUGAUCUAAACGUACGUAAGCAACGAGGACAACCACCUAUACUCCGAAGGAGCCCAAGAAUUUCGAGUAAUCAAACACCACAAACUUCCGAACAACAAUCUGACUCAGCAUCUUUGGAAUCUCAGGACAGUUCAAAUAAUUGUGAGUUAAUAAAUAAAAGUCCUGCGGCAUUAGCUUUUGAAGUUUUAGAUGAAUCUACUGAUUUGUUACUAUCAGAGCAAGAAAAGAACACGUUAAAUUCGAGGAAUUUAGACAAUUCUAGAACGGAACAAGAAUUUUCUACUUCAUUAGUUGAUACAGAAAAUCGAGAUAUUAAUGAACUUAGAGAUUUAAUAACGACAUCGAAUAUGAUACUUGAUAGUGUACAUCAUAGUUCUGUUUCAUAUAAGAACCAUGAGGUAGACAAUGAAAUGGAGGAUAUCGAAUAUACACAAACCACUGGGACUUUUAAGCAACCUCACGAAGUUUCUCAGUCAGAACUUGAACGAGAGCAUGAGAAUGAAAACGAAUAUCCGGAAAGCGUUGAUUUCGUUAUUGCUAACGAGAUUAGUGAUACAUUAUUUAGACAAAGUGAACAUUACAACAAUAUGGCGUCCAAAUUUUCUAAUUUAAAAUUUAUUAAGGUAGAACCUGAAAGUGAAGAAGAAAUCGAGCAAUUCGCUAAUCCAAUUGCUCCCGGAGUACGGCGUAGUACGCGUAAAAGAACCACGGUUAGUUAUAGUUAUCCUCGUUAUUCUUAUGGUAGUAGUAAAAGAUCAAAAACACGUAAAAAACGUCGUUCACUUCGUAAAGGAACUUUAUCUGUUACCGAAAAUGAAGCUGAUGUAGAUUCUGAAGUUGUUAAUGUUGAUAAUGAAAAGAACGAAGAGACUGAUGAGCCUGUGCAUAAUCUUCCUGUUCAAAGUGAUGAAGAACAGGAAACUAGUGAAGAUUCUCAUGGUAUUCAAAAUGUGGGUGAUGGCGGAAACAUUGAUGAAAAUAUUCUUGAUAAUUAUUUACAAGAUAAUUUAUACCUCAAGCAUGAUCUUCGUUCUCGAAAGAUUAUGCUUGCAUUACCAGGAGUAGUAGAUAAUAGUGAAGAAACAGAAAAGGAACCUGUUUCUACUGCUUUUUCCAAAAAAAUUACAAGACCUAAACAACUAGCUAAAAAAACUAUUUUGAAAAAUACUUCCAAGAAAUCUGUAAAGACAAUACCAAAACGUAGAACAUCUCGCAGAUCAACUUCUCGUAAAAAAAAUGAAGAUCGCGAAUGGCAUCCAGAUGAAGCUGAUAAUGAGUUAGGUGAUGAUAGUGAAACAGUAAUGGCAAAUUCAAGAGGUCGUGGUAUCACUUCAAAAGCUCGGUUGUCUUCAAAAACAUCCACUACUCCAAAAAAGUCGAAGAAAGUUGAGAGCAUUGAUGCAAUCUCAGAAGUUAGUACUAAAAGGAGGUUAUCAGGUAAAAAAGCGCCAAAAAUUUCCAAAACCUCUAAAAUUACAAGGAAGGAGAAAAAACCUGCGCAGGAUAAUAGAGGUCGAGGAAAAAGUAGAAGUGAAAUUACUCGCGGCUCUAGGCCGAAGAAUCAUGAUACUUCAUAUAAAUAUUCCGGUGGAGAGGAAACCGAAUCUGAGAUUGAAAUCUCGGAAGUUGUUGACACGGUGGAUAAUAAUUCGGAGAAUCAGAUUGUAGAAGAAUUAUCCAAUGCUGAAAUAGAACACAAUAUUGCUGUUGUCGAAGAAUCAGUUUCAACACCUACACGUCCAAAAAGGAUCCGAAAAAGUAAAAGUUCAGUUAGUGAACCACUUACUCAUACGCCUAAAUCUUCUAGGUCUACUAGGUCUACUAGAAGUCAUGACGUUAAUAAAAGAGAUGACAGAAAAGUUGCUAAUACGGAAGUCGAUGACGAUAUUAUAAGUAACACUCACGAACAAUCAGAUGAUGUUCCGGAAGUACAAGUUGACCUUACUCCUUCAGCACAACCAAAAAAGACGCCGAGAAGCACUAGGGUUAAGAAACGAAGUGCUCGUGUUGGUGGUAACACUGCCACUGGUCAACCCAUAGAUCCUAGUAUUAUCGAAGUAUCUGCAGGAAACCGAACGACUCUUGAAAAUGCUGUUCGUGCAUUAUCGGAAAAAAAUUUCGAAGUAGUUACUAAUCUUCAAUCUGAAGAUGUAUAUAGAGAAAAAUUUUACGAUUUUGGUAAAAAUAACAGAGAAUCAAGUAGCGAACCUUCGGGUGACACUCAACGAAGGAACAGCAUUGAAAGCAGCAGUUCCAGGGAUAGUAAGUCAUACUCGAAUCUUCGGAAUGGAUCCAAACGUAAACGAAGUGAAUCAAAUGCAACUACUAUACCAAAGGGUAAAAAGAAAGAUAAUAAUAAAGAGGAAGGAGAGACUGAAGAUAAGGUUUCCAAACGUCAUCGUGUGGAAGGAAAUGCAUCUUCAGGUUCUGGUACAACACCAUCAUCUCAAAAUAUGAACAUCUCUCAAACAUCUCCAAACAAUAGUAGUAGUAUAUUAAAAAGAUUAUUGGGAGGUUGGUUUUAUGACUAAUAAAACUGAUGGAAACGAAAACAUAAGUCUCCUACUCGCAGUAGAAGCUGGUGGUAACGAACAUUUAGUACAAGACGAAAAGAUUUUGAUUUUGUAACUUAUCUAGUUUAUUUUAUAUUUUCUUGUCUUUUAUUAUUAUCCAAAAUAUGUACUUCAAAAAUGUAAAAAAAACCAUGUGCAUUAUUAUUUAUAUAUAUAUAUUAUAAGAAAAUAUACUUAUCAAACUUAUAUAUAUUAUAUAUUAGAUACUCC